CGACAGUUGCGAAAUACCUGAUAAAGGCUACGUCAUGUUUGCGCGACCUUCCCGGAAGUGUGUGGUCGGAGCCAUUAUGACGGCGAGCUGCAACUCCGCGGUCUGCAGUUGAACAGAUGAUGUCGUUAAAAAAGAGAAACUGGACGUUUAUACACGAGCACCGUGAAAACACCGAACCGAGGCGCCGGUAGAGCACAAGAGCCCAGCCCGGGACGCAGUUAAAUGCUGUGGUCAUGGCCGAGCGACAGGUGGACUUUACCUGGAAGAGACACAUCUCGGAGCAGCUGAAGCUCAGAGAUCGAGUUCAGAGACAGGCCUUCGAGGAGAUCAUCCACCAGUACAACCGUCUGCUGGAGAAGUCUGACCUGCAGGCUGUCCUAUCGGAGAGAUACCAAACGGACAAGUAUGAGGUCCAGAGGGGCCCCGAGACCAGGUUUUUCCUGCAGCUCGCUCAGAGUGUGAUCGAACUGAACAACCAGAUUCAGAUGAAGGACAAAGAGAUCCAGAGCAAUGAGGCCAAGAUGGUGGAGUACCAGCAGCAGAUGACCAGUCUGGAGGUAGACUGUCGGGAGCUGAGGAACUUCCUGCAGGACCUGGAGAAAGCCAAUCAGACGCUGAAGGACGAGUAUGACGCGCUGCAGAUCACCUUCUCCGCUCUUGAGGAGAAGCUGCGGAAAACGACCGAGGACAACCAGGAGCUGGUGUCCCGCUGGAUGGCCGAGAAGGCUCAGGAGGCCAACAAGCUGAACGCGGAGAACGAGAAGGACAGCAGGUAGACCCCCCCACGGCCAACAGCCCCCCUUUAUAAUAAUCCAUAAUUCAUCGCGUUUUGGCUCAUUUCUGCCGCUAGCUCGCGGCUCCGUGUCUGCUCUGUAGACGACGACAUUGAGGUUUUGGCGGAGGAAGGAGGAAAAGGAGGCGGAGAAACGUCACCCAGCAGAGCAGUCAGGACUCCAAGUAAGAAGACCUCUCAGCCUCCUCCGGCCGGUCUGCUGGACUCCAUCUCCAACAUAUUCGGAGUGUCUGAGUGUGUUGAUCCUGGACUGGUCUCAGCUCCCUGCAGGCGUCGCCCUGGAAACGCUUUCAGCACAUCGCCUGAGAACACUGAAGCUCCUUCGGGAGUGUGUGCCGAGGUCCGAGUCCCGUCCACGGCUCUGCACGUCUUUGAUGCCCAUGACGGCGAGGUGAACGCCGUGCGGUUCAGCCCCAGCUCUCGUCUCCUAGCAACAGGAGGGAUGGACCGGCGGGUGAAGCUGUGGGAGGUGGUUGCCGGUCGCUGCGAGCCGAAAGGCGCUCUGACCGGCAGCAACGCUGGAAUCACCAGCAUCGAGUUCGACAGCGCUGGUUCGUACCUGCUGGCGGCCUCCAAUGACUUUGCCAGUCGGAUCUGGACCGUAGACGACUACAGACUGAGGCAUACGUUGACAGGUCACAGUGGGAAGGUGCUGUCUGCUCGCUUCCUAUUGGACAACGCUCGAAUCGUCUCCGGCAGCUACGACCGAACGCUCAAACUCUGGGACCUGCGCAGCAAAGUCUGUAUGAAGACGGUGUUGACUCUGGGGGUUCUGCACAUGCUCAGUGUGACUCUGGGGGUUCUUGACGGUUCUAGACAUGCUCAGUGUGAUUAG